AUGUUGCGCCUUCUGAAUCAAGGGUAUGAAAGUUAUAUAGUGGACAACUUCAACGGAAUAAUUAUCAAAAACAUCACCAUCAAUAACAACAGGACAGGCUCAGAUUACAGAGAGAAGGUGGUGUACGCGGACAAUUGCGAUGUGAGCGGUGCAGGUUUGGUGAGCUCACUUCCUGCCUUUGAUCCUGCUGGAGAAAAACACACCCUGUGUUUUAUGCUGGAAACGUUUACCUUUGAGCAUGAUAGUGGUCUGACGAACCCUGCCCUGGCAAUUGUCAGCACGGUCCAGGUGUUUGAAAACGCUGCAGACGCCGUUCAGCCAACAUGUCCUGGCAGAAGAAAGAGGAACGCCGAGACCACCCAGGAAGAGGGCACCGGGGAUUCUCAGGAGGAACAACUUACGACAGUUAUCUAUCUUACCCAUUCCAAAACCCUCCCACACACUACCUCCGAUGAAGCUGCGUGUGCUAAAGAAUGGCUAAUGCCCGCCAUGAUUGGCCUCGGCAUCGUCACCAUCACCAUGGCUGUCGUCAUCAUCGUCCUCGUCUACACUGUCAUCAGACAGUUCAAGCAAAAGCAAAUCGCAUAAACUCAGAAUGAACCAGCAUGGCAAUUUUCAAAACAUCAAACAUCUUCCUAUCAAUUUUGAUAAUGCACUCGGUUUCUGUUUAAACUGAGAAACCUUUUUUCUAACAUUUUUAUCAGUGAAGUUUUUAAAACAAAUGAAAUUGCUCAUUUAUUUCCUCUUAAGGCCAUGUAGAACAAUGUUGAUGAACCUGCUUCGAAAAACAAUUUAAGGUGAAUAUUGCGCCUUAAAACACGAUUACUGAAACAUUUGCAGUGAUUUGCACUAUUCUACUCAUAUUUGGACUUGUUUUUUAACAUUUUCCGAGAAUAUAUAGAAAAGUGAUUUUUUGAACAAAAUAGAGAACACUUUGCCAUAUCACCGAUGUGAUAUAGGAAAGUAGCAAAAUCGUUUUAACAGCAGAAAAAUGCGGAAAGCUGUGGAUGUACUAAACUGGACCAAAUACAGUUGCAUUACUUCAUGGGGGGAUGUUUUAAACAUCGUACGAAACGCAGAUGUAAACAUCUUUGCCCAGUCUGUAGUUCCAACAUGAUCAAGGUAGAUGGCAAAUAACGCUGUCAGUUUGGAACUUGUUGUA